AUGACCCAGUUCAUAUGGUGCUCGAGCGUCUUCUGCGUGCUGGUGGCCCUCUGGACGGGACUGCGCAUCUACUCGAGGCAGGUGAGACAGAUGCCCUUGGGACUUGAGGACAUGCUGUAUGGGAUUUCUGUUGUCACCUUUUACGGCUUCAUUGUCGCUCUUUACAUGUCGGUCUACCUCGGUGGAGCGGGCUGGCAUAUGGAUGAGCUGAAUAAGUGGCACGUCGCACGACUGACACAGGUAAGUUUUGUUGCAAUUUGUCUGUAUGGCCUCUCGAUGUGUACAGUAAAGUGGUCCAUGCUGUUCAUGUUGAAACGCAUUUUUGCGGUCCGGUACUUCAGGGUUCGUAUCGUCACUUGGAUCAUCAUAGGAAUGCAGGCAGCCUGGCUGCUCCAGACAGUCCUGAUCGGAUUUCUCAUCUGCCAACCCGUCCAGAAGAACUGGGAUCCCACCGCCGCCGGAAGCUGUGGCAACCGUAUCGCAGGGUACACAUCCGUCAGCGUGGUCAACGUCGUCGUCGACGUGCUGAUGCUCGUGCUCCCGCUGCCCAUGGUCUUCAAUCUGCAGGUCAAAUCCGGCUACAAGGUCGGGCUAUUCAGUAUCUUCGGCAUCGGCAUCGUGACGGUCGUCUUCUCUGUCGUGCGGCUCUUCUCGCUCAACUCGAUCGACUUUGACGACUUUUCCUACACCGUGCCCGAGGUCAUGGUCUGGACGUCGGCCGAGAAUGGAGUCAUUAUCCUGGUGGCUUCUUCUGCGCUGCUCAGGCCCGUGUUUGAUAAGAUGUUCCAUGGCCUCCUGUCCCUCUCGGGAAGUAGGAACAGGCUGGGGGACGCGUCGAAUCAGUAUCCUUAUGGGCAGAAUAGUCGCUCGGGACUGGGCAUGGGCAGCAGGAUGCGCAAGGAGUUUGUUUCUGUUGGGGAUGGCGAUGGUGAUGCCAAUGGGGUGAGUUUGUCUCUUGACCCUAGGGGUCUUUCCCCCUCCCUCCCCCGCCCUCCAGCGACUUGACCUUUUAUUGACACUUUUUAUCUCUUCUCUUCCUGCUUUUUUUUCCAGUCCGACGAUUUCCUCGAACUAGGUAACCUAGGCCCCAAGACAGAGAUCACGGUGGGCACGCGUCACAGCCAGGGCACCUUACUCAACAGUUUCCCGGCAGAAUCGAGCGCUGCACAGUCAUCAAUGGAAGGGAGAAAAACCAUCAUCAAUAUUAAACAAACAGUCGUGCAAACCUACGAGUGAAUGGUUGCUGGGUGGUCAGAUAUGGCUACCAAAAAAAGGUUGUCCUGGAAGAG